UUCAAGCUUUCUAGGCUUGAGCUUAUGCUAUCUCUGGUCAUGGGCGCGGACAAGAGCCGUCUCCAACCGCAAGGACGGUCACAACGGUCAGGCUGUUAGGGCCUGCGGAGGCCUGGGGUUUGGCGGCCCAUCAGACCAGGACGCGCUCUUGCCCCCCGCCGAUAAAAGAGACAGCAGAGAUCAGAGCGCAGCACUCCUCCUCUCCCAUCUCCAGGCUGGAUACUGGAUACGACGACAACAUCCACACUGUCCGGCACAAUGUGGAGCCCGCUCUCAGCCAUCGUCUUCGCCGCGGCGCUCGUGGCGCCCGCGUUCGGUGCCCCCGACGCGUGGCACAUGGACAACAUCCAAGUGCUGAGCACCCAACAACUGGACCCAGUCCUCUUCCCGAACGCGCAGGCGGCGCACAUGCACAAGAUCUUUGGCAGCAACAACUUCCGAGCAGCGUACAACUACGACCUAUACAACGCUGGCACAUGUUCGAGUGUUUCCAUCCAGGCCGACAAGUCGGCGUACUGGUUGCCAGAGCUGUACUGGUACGACUCCAAGCUGGCCAAGCCCUUCAUCCCCAUGAAGCCCUUCUUCCGGUUCUACUACCACCUCGCCCGCAACUCACCCGUCCAAAAGGUCACCCCGUUCCCCAAGGGCAUGCGCAUGCUGGGUGGCUCAAUCAACACUCGUACAGCCCAAGACAUCAAGAUUGUCAAAAUCUCAUGCCAGGUCAACAAGAACUUGAACAACCCCCUCGAGUGCGAUGGCUUCAAGUGUGGCCGCGACUGCCCGUAUGGCCUCCGAGUCGAGGUCUUCCUCCCCCAGUGCUGGGAUGGAAUCAACCUCUGGCUCCCGAACAGCGCGCACGUCACCUACCCUGCGGCCACUGCUGGUGCCUUCAUCCCCCGUGACGGCAAUUGCCCAUGGACACACCCGAUCCGCAUCCCCCAGAUCAUGUUCGAGGGAACCUGGGACACGAACAAUGUGGCCCCGGGUGUCACGGUCGACAACCACCUCAUCUGGUCGUUUGGCGACAUGACGGGCUACGGUGCCCACGGUGACUUUGUCAACGGCUGGGACAUGGAUGUCCUCAGCGCUGCGCUCAACGCAUCUGGCACUUGUGUCGACAUUGGCGCCGAGUUGCCAUUCGAGGAUUGCCCCAUCUUCGGUGCCUCGCACAACAUCGCGACAGGAAAGGCAUGCACUCCGCCCGUCGCUGGAGAAUUGAAGGAGCCGACCGGCCAGGCAGACUACGUCGCGCUCUCCGCCCUGCCUGGAUGCAACCCCAUCUGGGCUGCAACCGGACCCAAGCCGACCUGCAACCCUCCAGUUCCAGGCAUCCCCCUCCAGUCCAGUCUGCUGGGGACCAUGGGCCCGACUGUGGCGCCAACCCCCGACCCAAGGCUCUGGAACCCGCCGACGGCGCCAGGAUGGUACCCUGUGGAGUGCUUCAUCUCGCAGUCCGAGUUUGACAAGACCCAGUGGUUCGACUUUGUCGACCAGAACCUCACUGUCGACCGAUGCCAGACGGCGUGCGUCGCGAACGGCUACACGUAUGCUUCGGUGAGCCGUCGUGGCGGCGCGGCCGGUACAUGGAAGUGCUCGUGCGGAAACGGCAUCCUCCCCACCGCCUUGGUGUACCCAGGCAUGUGCACGCUGCCUUGUCCCGGCAACAGCUCCCAACUGUGUGGAGGCGACAAUGCGGUUCAAGUGUGGUGGGCUGGCUCCAAGCCUGCCGCACCCCGGAUGGACCAGUUCAACGCCGGCUGCCUCGUGACGACACCCAACGGCCUGCUCUCGCGCGCCACAUACAGCUACACUUCGGUCGGUAUGACCACCGCGACGUGCACCCAGGCCUGCUACGACAAGAAGGCCAACUGGGCAUUGAUUCGCGCUGGCCUGUACUGCUCGUGUGGCAACGACACGUCACUGUACGACGGCGGUAUCGUGCCCGACUCGUAUUGCAACGUCCCUUGCCGCGGGAACACGACCGAGAUGUGCGGCUCGUCAGGGUACGGCCAGUUCUUCAACAUCACCGGUGUCGACUUGAGCAAGGGAGACAUUGCACGCGAUCCCGGCCUCCAGGGAUGCUAUGCCCGCCCGUCGAGCGGCUUGGCCGUCACCGGUGGUGUCUCGUUCGUGUCCAACGUCAUGACCACCAACUUGUGCAAGGACGGCUGCUACGAGCUCGGCGCGAAGUACGCGGCUGUGACUGGUACUGUGACGUGUAUCUGCGGAAGCACGCUCAACCUGGGCCAGGACCUCCCCGACUCGGAGUGCAAUGUCAAGUGCCCAGGUAACACUACCCAGUGGUGUGGCUCUUCCGGCGCCGUCGACCUGUACCUGUCCUCAGCGAGCACCCUCAGCAUAGCCCAGCUCAACGCGUCCCACUACCCCGGCUGGAUCGGGUGCUACUCCGGUUCGGCAGCAGCUUUGCCCUUCAACGACUACACCUUCUCCGACCCCAAGAUGACCCCGGCGACGUGUAUCGCCGGUUGCGCCCAGUUCAACUACUUGUACGCCGGUACCCAGGGCAGCAACUGCUACUGCGGCAAGGCGGCUCCUGCGACGCCUCGCUACCCAGCACCCACGUUCUGCAAGGCGUUGUGUCCGGGAAACAGCACUCUGACGUGUGGCGGAUCCGGCUACGUCGACAUCUGGCCCGUGACCAAGCCCACUACCACGUCUGCAACGCCGUCGUCCACCUCAGCCUCCGCCUCGAUUCCAGCUUCAUCUACCUCGUCUGCCGCGCCGUCAGCGUCUGCCAGUGGCGCGCUCACCGGCUGCUACUCGGACGCGACGGGCAAGGGCCUCAGCGGUGGCACGUGGAAGUUCACCGCUCUCACCGUCGAGGCAUGCACCUCGGGCUGCAAGGAGCUCGGCUUCUCCCUCGCGGGCCUUUACGCCGGAAACACGUGCAACUGUGGCAACGCGUGGGUUGGCACCGGCGGCACCCUCCCCGCCUCGUCAUGUUCGUCGGCCUGCAACGGCAACUCAGCCCAGAAGUGUGGCGGACCCCAGGCGCAGAGCGUCUACAGCACGGUCGGCGUCGGUGCGCCGGUCAAGCCCAAGGGCUGGGUCGGGUGCUACGCCGAUACCUCGACCCACAUCCUCCCGACGGUGCUGUACGGAAACAACUACCUUACCCCCGCCCUGUGCCAGAGCGAGUGCUUCAACCUGGGGGCAACAUACGCCGGCGUCUUGAAUGGGCGGUACUGCUACUGUGGCCCAGCGCUUACUGGCGCCGUUCGUGCCCCAUCCGCGCUGUGCACCACGACUCCGUGCACCGGCGACGCCUCGCAGUCGUGCGGCGGAGCGGCCUACAUGGACGUCUACACGCCGUACCUGAGCGCUAACAACGGCGUCAAGGGCUUCAUCGGAUGCUACUACGACGGCACGGCCGUCAUUAACAAGGUCUACCUACCCACUUCGGCCAUGACGAUCGAGAACUGCGCGCAGUACUGCGCCGCGGCUGGCUACUCGCUCAUGGCUCUGCGCACUCCUGGCAUCUGCAACUGCGGCAGCGGCAUGCCGAGUCAGAUGGUCCCCGAUGCCGUGUGCAUGACGGGCGCGUGUAACGGCAACUCGGCCCAGUUCUGUGGCUCGUCCACCAACGCCGCCUCGGCAGUGUACAACAUCUCGCUCACGGGCGUCUCGGCCUCAAUCGUACCCAAGCCCAACGCGCAAGGCUUUGUCGGCUGUUUCCGCAAGGGCACCGACUUCCCCCUCACGACACAGGUGCUCAACGCCGCUACAAUCUCCAAUCCCGUGUGCGCCAAGACCUGCGCCGAGGCCGGCUACAAGUACGCGGGUACGUCGUCUGGCCGCAUCUGCUUCUGCGGCAACUCGCUCGUGUCCAACACGCUCGCGUACCCCGUGGCCAACAGCGAGUGCAACGCCGUAUGCCCCGGUGACUCGACCGCCACAUGUGGCACCGGCGCCUCCAUGAGCAUCUGGGACACGUCUAUCACCAACCCUGCCACCCCCGGCGGCGGCAACAACACGCCCACCGACCCGACCUCCAAGGGCUGCUUCACCAACUCGGCGACGCUCUUCGCCAACGCAGGUUACCAGGUCAACGCGUCCUACGUCGACAUCACGUACUGCAAGCGGACGUGUAAUGUGCGCGGGUACUCCGUCGCGGGGAUCAACUACGGCGGCAACUGCGCCUGCACGAACUCGACAAGCGUCUACGGCGCGCCGGCGCCAGCGGCGGGGUGCACCACUCCGUGCAGGCACAACGCAAGCGAGAUUUGCGGCGGGUCCGGCACCUUUGUCAGCAUCUUUGACGCGACCAAGCCCAGCACCAACACGAGCGUGGGCUUCGCGCCAGGCUACGUCGGAUGCUUUGGCAACGACGCGAGUCUCGGUCCCCAGGUCCUCGUGUCCCGCGCCAUGUCGACAGACAUGUGCCGUAACACGUGUGCCGGCCAGGGCUCGUCCGUCUUCUCCGUCUUCCUCUACUACUGCUACUGCGCGCCCUCGCUCCCGACCAGCGUCAUGCUCCCCGACGAGUUGUGCAAUUCGGGCUGCGGUGGCAACCCCGACGAGUUCUGCGGAUUCAGCGGUAGAGUGUCGACCUUCUGGGUCAACCCGCCAGGGCAGCCCAACAUUGCCGCGAUGGCUGCGCCACUGUCGAUCUCGGCGGUGUCCAGCUCGGCUGCUAGCUCGAGUUCAGCAGCCUCGAGCAGCACCUCCGUCGCUAGCAGUGCGGCUUCGUCCGCCUCGUCUGCUGCGGCCAGCUCAAAGCCUGUGUCUUCCACAGCCGCAGCCCCGACGUCCGCGGUGCCCACUACAACAGCCGCGGCGCCAACAACUGCACCUCCCACAGCCACGUCCGCCACUCCCAGCUUGGCGUCGGCGGCUUCUACCACCACCACUGCCAAAGCCCAGCGCCGCAGGGGUCACGUCAAACUUUAAGUAUUCUCUUGGGUAUUAGGACAGUUAGAAAUGCAUUGCUCCGAAGUCAGCAGCAUCAGAACAGGCC